CUUGACUUGUUCGUCUCGGUGUUUGCUGCUUUGAACGCUUCUCGCCUGCCUUCCUAGCCGUCGCUCGCGGGUUUGUUCGGGAGACGAGCCGUUGCGUUUCUUUUGGCUUUGGGAAGCGGCACGUCCUCGGUUUGAUCAGGGAGUCUAGCGCGCUGGUGCCUUUGUGAUCGUCUUUCGUGAAGGGUCCUGUCGCUGACAAACUUAAACCAAAACUAAGCUGGAUGUGAGCGUUCGCUUGCAUCCACAAUUUUUGGAGGUGUCCCGUUCGUGGCGCCAUUCUCUCUCGCUCUCUCUCUAGCUCUUCUGUGCUUCUGGAGUUUCGGAUUUGUCUUUUUUUUUAUUGUUUUUCGCGCGUGUUCGUUCCUCCCUCCAUCCAUUCGCAGUCGAUGCCACUGCGCCUUUUAUUUUUAUUACUCUUUUUAGCGCUUUACACAUUGACAAUCCUUGCCUCGUAUCUUUCCCACUCUUGUUUCUCGCUUCCCAAAUCGUUUCCAUACGCACGCGCAGACUUCCCGAACAAGCAAGUCUCACUCAUUGUUCACUUUUCGCACAUUCGUCAGUUUCGUCCAAUUGCAGUAGUCAGGCAGUUUUGCUGCUACCAAGCGUCCACUUCCAGCGCCCUCACUUGCUUGAGAGGGGUGUUUGUGUUGUCGUUUUUGGCCACCAUGGCCGGAGGAGGAGCGCGCUCCACGUCGCCGACUGCUGCUGCUGGUGGCGGCGGCGGUUUCUUUGCUCGUUCGCAGUCGCCUCCGCGCAGUCACCCAGCUGCCACCACGUCCACUCCCUUCCCUUCUUCUUCUUCAUCAUCUUCUUCUUCUACAUUCUCUUCUUCCUCGUCCUCCUUCGCAGGGCAGUCGUCGCUCGCACGGAGCCCCGGGAGUCCGACUGGCCGCCUGUCAUCAGGUCUGGUUGCCAAUUCCCAUUCCCAUUCCCAUUCCAAUGCCGCUGUCUCGGGUCGCCCGCUGUCACCGCCGCCUGUGCCGUCGUCGCAGUCCCAGUCCCAGUCGCAAGCACACUCCCACCAUCAUGGCCACUCGUCCCGGGCGGCAGUGCGUGCAAACCCGGUGCCAACCGUCUUCUUCACUCCGCUGUCGUCCGGCAAUCCCAUCUCGUUCGCGUCGCCCGUUCCCGUGGCGACGACGACGACCACCGCCACGAUGCACUCGACCUCGCCGCCGUCGUCAAGCUCAGCAUCUGCUGCCAUGUCGCUCGCAGCAGUGAAUCUGACACCUCCAAGUGCCGCGGGAAGCGCUCAUCCAAUACUAAAUCCGAUGGUCGCGAGCUCAGGAACCGGCGGCGGCUCGUUCGUCCCGUUGACUGGAUCAGCCUCGCAGACCCCGCUCAUGGUGUUUGUGCCGUCGUCGCCAGUGCCGUCGUCCUCUCCAAAUGGACCAUCGUCACCGACAGGAUGGCAAGGCCAAGGCUCGGGAUCACCGCCUCCGAGUCAAACUUCUUCGCGCGUGCACUCGCACUUUUUUGGGCAUGGACCGUCGUCGUCGUCGUCGUCGUCGUCGUCGUCGGCAUUUUCCUCAACAUCGAUGGCUGGAACAUCGCUAACUGCGGCAUCGGGUGGGAUACCUCCAGCAGUUUCGGCAAUGGAUGUUUUUCGAGCGGCCGUGCAGUCCGAUGCGGCUUUGGAAGGCCUGCUUGCGCACGGCACGGACAUUAACGACGCUUCCUCCAGUGGCCAUUCUCCGCUGCACCUUGCAGUGCAAUUCCAGCAACGUGCUGGCGCACUCCGACUGCUCCGGCACGGCGCUUCCGUCAACGGAGGCGCCACCUCUACUUUCGAGCCUCCACUCUUCACGGCGUUGAGAACCAUUUCUGUAGACUUUUGUUCAUUGCUGCUAGCUCGCGGCGCAUCAGUGAAUGGCACGACAGAAGACUCUGCAGGCGAUUCUGGCAGGACGCAGAGUGGUCCAUCGCCCUUGCACACUCUCAUCACCCACGCCGCGUUCGCCCCGCGCGUCGUCAUGAAGGACAUUUACUCUGUACUGCAUUUGCUGCUCCUGCAUGGCGCGGACGUCAAUGCGCCAGAUGCACGUGGCUACCCGGCCCUCGUACGUUUGAUCGACGACACAAAGCUCAUGCCCUGCGCUUUGGUCGUGCUUCGUGUCUGUGGCCGGCCUGGGUGCAUCUCGGACAGCGUUCUUUCAACCUUCCUCCCGGAUUAUACCAUCCCUGCGACGACUGGCGACCUGUCAGUGUCCCAAGCACGCCUGUGGGCCUCCACUGCAACAGCAGCAGCAGCAGACGUAGCUGCCUCGGAAACGACAACGACGACGACCGCACCUGUGCCACCGCCACUCCCCCCGCCACCAGCCAAUUCUAUUGUGCCGCUUCGACCAGACCUCGCAAGUGAGAUGGAUGGAUUCACGCCGCUGCAUGCUGCGUGCAAAAAGACGGGCGCGCUGGCCGGCGAACUCGUCUCGGCAUUACUGAAAUGCGGUGCUUCGGUGGACUUGCAAACGCUUCUCGCGCUGGACACGCCGCUGCACAUGGCCAUUGCGGCCGGCAAUAGCGAUUCGGUGCAUCAUCUAGUUCGCGCAGGAGCCAACGCCAGUAUUCAAGAUAGAGCUGGUCGGACGGCGUUGCACGUUCUAUUCGAAACCAUGCCCGAAGAACCGUUGCAUCCAGGAUGGCCGCCAUUAGGGAGCACCGCACCGCGCUCUGUUGCGACAGGGCAAGGCUCAACCAGGCAGUCACCGUCUGCGGCUUCUGCCACGACGGCGGCGAAUGCGUCAAACCGAGAUCCACUCGCUAUGGCUGCUGCUGCUGCUGCGCCCGCUGCUCCAACAACAACUCCUGUGGCUGCCCCAGCCUCGGCCUUGCCUCCUCUUGCUGCUGCUGUUGCUGCUGCUGCCAACUCGGCCCCUCUGCUCAUCGCUUCCCCCGCCGCGCUUGCGUCGCACUCGAGGCGCGAGACGAGUCUUGAUUUGCUCCGCCUGCUACUCGGGACUGGCCGUGCCCAACCGGACAUUCGGACCAACGGCUCGUCUCCUCUUUUGGCCGCGGCUUCGGCUGGGGACUUGGAUAGCCUGAAAGCCCUGGUGGCAAAUGGUGCGCGAAUCAAUUCAUCGACGGUGGAUGUACGCGGGGUUACGGCGCUGCACAUUGUGGCGUCGUCGGGAAACGCUGCUGCCGUCCAACUGCUGCUCAAGCUUGGUGCCGAUCACUCCUUGGCAGACGAUGAAGGCAACACCCCGUUGGCGCUUGCCAGCAGUGCGGGACACGUCGAGCUCGUCCGUCAGAUGCUGAGCGCGGGUGCAUUGGUCAACACGGCAAACCGCAGUCGCGCCUCGCCUCUGUCGCUGGCUGUCACCAAGUCGCACUUUGAGGUCGCUCGCCUGCUGAUCCACGCUGGUGCGCAUGUGAAUGGAGCGGGUGAGCAUCUGGACGAUGCGGCAUCGCAACACUCUGGCGCGCAGCUCCCUGGAGUGCUGCUGUUGCAACCGCCGUCCUCGCCUCUGCACACAGCUGCCUUACGAGGCGAUGUGGCCUUGUGUGAGCUGCUUGUAGAUCACGGAGCGGAUGUUUUUGUACGCUUGCGAAACCAAUGGACGGCGCUCCAUUCGGCGGCUGCGUCGGACGACGACGAUGCGGCCCUCGCAACCACAAAGCUCCUGUUGCAUUGCGGAGCCGAUGCUAGUGCCGUGGAUCUUCUGGGUCAGACACCCUUGUUCAUGGCUGUCUUUCGUGGGAGGGCUGCGGUGGCACGCGCCUUGCUUCAACACGGCGCGUCCCCUCGCCACGCCGACCUGGCGGGCAAGCAGCCACUGCAUCUCGCAGCACAGCUUCGUGACUAUCUUCCUGCAGCUGAUGAAGAGGGCGGCGAGACUCGUCCACGGUCCCAGUCUGGCUCGGCACGUGUGCCACUCGCAACGCUGGCGACACCCAUCUUCCCGACCACCGCCGCCAUCCCCACGUCGUCGUCGUCGUCGUCGUCGUCGUCGUCGUCGUCGUCGUCGUCGCACCCCGCUUCGAGCAACGCUCACCAUCAUGCACCAUCGUCCUUUUCACCCCCACGAUCCCCGCCGCUCACGUCGCCACUCUCGUCCUCGCCUCCCCUUCGCAAUUGCCUCUCUCCCGGCGCGGGCUACUUUGGAUCGGCGCAUGGCCGGCGUCCCAGUGGCACAUCCACCGUGGCAGUGCAAAUGAUUCGUCUGCUCGUGUCCUAUGGCGCGUCUCUGAACGCGUGUGAUGCGUUGCAAAUGACGCCGCUUCACUAUGCUGCGACCUGCGGGCUUCCAGCGGCAUACGACACGCUCAUUGAGCUUGGGACCGACCCCUUUGCCCCAGACGCUCAGGGCAUGACGGCUGCCGACUACCGCUCGGGCAAAUACGGGGCCGUUUUUUUAAAAAGGUAGAGUGAACCCCCCAAAAUAUGUCGUUCAUAUCCACCACCGUGUCCUACGUCGCUUUCCGCCGCUGGUGCUCUGAUUGUGUGGUUUACACCAUGCCAUCAGUGUGCUCGAGGGUCGGGGGCGCAGCGGAAGUGCGUUGGGCGGCGGGGCGGAGCGAGAAAAGGAGCGGUUUGUGUCGCGGUGUGAUUUCUCAGCCAAGCUUUUCCCAGCCCUCAAUCUGUGCCACUGCUACAUUCUGUUGCGGGUUCAUCUUGUCCAACAAUAAUCGGGCCGCAGUAGAGGGCGAUUAGCUCCAGCACACUUGGUUACAA